GUGUAUUUUAUUUUAGUCAGUGCAAACUCUGCGGCGCACUCAGUAAGUGAUCCCAGGCAGCCGUGGGUUGUCAGUUUGAAUCCCGCCCACCCUGCUACGAGUCAGCCAACCAGACAGCGUGCUGCAAAGCUAAACUACAAGUCGGCUGUAGAUACAUCUCAGUGCCUUGCGGUAGAUGAAACCUGCGAGCUUGCAUAUACAUACACUUCAGCUGCAGCCCCCGAGCCUUUAUAUUCCCAAGAUGUGAUCGUGUUCUCAGCGGAUGAGUCAAGGGACUUAGACUGAGAGGAACUAGGCAGGGACAUCUCACACUGAGAACCAUGGGACUCCUUGUCCGUUUAUGCUUCGGCUCUACUCUAUCUACAGCUGAGCUUGUGUUAUCGAGCACACAGGACUGUGUACUAAGGGAUUGAUCCAUGCACUAUGGCACAAGACAUUAUCGUCAACGACUCCGUGCCGUCACAGUUUGAAAUAGCCAUCGAAUCGCCGGUUAAUUCUGACGGCUACAAUGUGACCGUCACGACAGCACUGUCAACCGUGUCCACGUCGUGUGGCAAUGGCUUGUCGGGCAACAAUGUCAACAUCCUGCAGAUUGACCCGGACACGGAGGGCUACACGCCUGUCGUCGUGUCGCUGUCGUUCCUAGUGGCUCUGUUGAGUUUCGGCACAGUGCUAAGCAACGCGUUGGUCAUUCAUGUCAUACGGGCCGACCGCACGCUUCACACGGUCAGUAACUGUUUUGCCAUGAGCUUAGCCACGGCGGAUCUCCUGGUAGGCUUGCUGGUAGUACCCUUCUACGCGCUCGAUGUCCACGUAUCAGAGCAGUGGCAUGAACACAUCCCAGCACACAGUGUCUGGGUGACAUUGGACUUUCUCAUGACCUCUUCAAGCAUUCUCAAUCUCGUCUUGCUCAACUUGGAUCGCUUCUGGUCAAUUACAUCACCCAUGAAGUACAUGCGACAACGGACUAAGAGACGAGCCCUGAUCCUUAUUGCUCUGGUUUGGGGCUUAGCCCUUGCUCUCACCAUCGUACCUGCUGCCAUCUGGCCCUACGCCUUUAAAGGUGUCUUUGUACCAACCAAGACUCGUUUCGUGUGUUUCGGCUCCAGUGCGUGGCUGAUGGUUGCUAGUGCAGUUUUCAUAUACUUCAUUCCCCUCACGCUUCUAUGUGCAAUUUAUUCGCGUAUAUUCAGGGCGAUACACCGCCGGCACAAAAUGGAUCUGGGCCGGUCCAGCAUCGCCAGUAACAUGUCCAAUCGGUUGGGAGGGUCCAAGCGAGGGAGUGAUAUGAACCAACAGGGUUUCAUCAGCGAGCAGGAGUUACAGCGGCUGAGAAACAUCUACGAGAAAACGAUAUGCAGGGAGCGUGGGGAGAGACAUCUGACCGCCAUGGUGAGGAAGAAGAAAGGAUACUGCCCAGGCACACACCUGAAACGCUACGAGAGUAUUGAUGAGGAAAAGGAAGGAGUGAACGAAUCUUGCGAGAACGAUCCCUUCAGUUCAGAGACUAAUGAAGAACAAGACACGUUCAGCAGUAGUCGAUCCCAUCACCAAACUAAGGUAGGCGUGAACAACAUGGUCAACAAGUUGCACGUGCAUGCACGAUCCGUGGACGACAUCUUUAAAGGCAGGAUCACUAAAAAUCCUGCGAAUGCCUUGGAGGCGCUCGGUGUCAUGCCGACGAUUAAGGUGCCGCGGAUUCUGGCUGGGAUCGAGGCCAGCAUGGACGUGAUUCGUGAACGGGAUGGAAGCUGGUGUAGCUCCAAGUCCAACAAAUCGAUAGCGAGUGAAGACAGGAAAGGCACAGACAACGGGUCAUCACAUCACUCCCAGGAAAUGGCAGGUACCAUCUCACCCAGGAGAAAGAACAGUUCUCCCACUAUAGGUCUGAUGAGCUCCUCACCGAAGGAGCGGAGUCCUACGGGAUCUAACCAUCUCAGUAUCGGCACCGUUCCCGAGACUAUCAACACCAAUUUCCUACAGGUUCUCUCACCUGAUGUACCGCUUGACAUCCAGAAGAGAUGGAGCUCACCGCCUAUAUGCGUGGACGAACCAGGCUCAGAACCCGACGACACCGACCAGACUCCGGAGGAUGCCAUGGCAGCCGAGGAAAACGACGACGACGACGAUGAUGUGGACCCGUUACCGGACAUGGCGACAGCUGUCAAAAGGAAGAGAGCGGACUCUGGGGAGGGCGCCCUCGCGCGGCUACGGGCCAACUCCAGCGAGAUGAUUCGCCGAGCCUCACCGCGCCUGGCGCGCAAGGAGGAAGGCGGAGACACGGAGAGUUUGCUCAACGUUCAGAGGAAAUCCUCCGGUGGUACCGGCUCCUUCUACCGGGACAGCUUCCAGAGUAACCGCCUGAUGACUCAGAGACGUCAGAACACGCGGGCUUCGUACUCCUUAGACCUGAUCACUGGACCACGUAGCGACAGUGGUUAUGCCAGCGACUGUGGCUUUCGUCGACCAGGCAGCUUGGGCGUGACUGCCACCAAGAAGGAACGCAGGGCGUCUCUUUCUUUCCCCAUCGACAGCGCCACCAUGGGGGCACUAACGUCCAGGGUCCGGACCUCCGUAAGUAACUCUUUCAGCGCCAUCAGUGGGCGUGGCAACAAAGCACUGACGUUGCUCAAGAAGCAAGACAAGGCAGCCAAACAGCUCGGCUUCAUCCUCGCCUGUCUCCUUGCUUGCUGGACACCUUACUUCCUCCAGGUUCUCAUCUAUGCUUUCUGUCCGAAGUGUGGUGACGUCACAGCCAUGACAAUUGCUGUGUUUCUUGGUUACACCCAUUCAUUAUGUAACCCUAUCCUCUUCGCAUUGUUCAAUCCCAGGUUUCAGCGCGCCUGUAAGCGAACUCUAUUCCCGUGUCGUAAUAGGGAGGAGACCCCCCGGGGUUGCCCGGUUGUUCCACCAUCUAUGAUUUAAAAAAAUUAGAAAAGUACUAAAGGCCAGUUACAUAACAUUCACAAUUUUCAUCCAUAGUCAAUCUCACCAACUCCUCAAAAUUUCACGUUAUCUUGAUGUAAGGAGAGCAGUGGUAAAAAGCUAUCCGCCAUGAUUAAAUUCUGAACAAAACGAAACUUCUUCAUCACAAAUUUCAAUCCCUAACGAUCCUUUUGCGAAGCACAGAUUGAAGAAUGAAAUUAUCAACAAUGAAGAAUUCCCCUCACUGCAUCCACCGAAACAAUGUAAGAAAUUGAGCAGAAUUUAACAGCAAAUUUUUAAAACAUUUUUAGUUGUGUAAAAAUGUUGAUGAUGGUAGUGCUGAUUUUAAAAUUCCAAUUGCAAAAUUUUUCUAGAUUCACUGACAGAACACUGAAUAAUUUCUCAGUUUUUCCAAGGGUUGAAAACCCUCUUGACUUGCAUUUUGUAUCAAUGUGGUCAGUUGCUUUUUGCUUCAAAGAGCCAUUUGAAAAUAACACACUUAAUGGAUAAACUGAAUGGCGUUUUAAUUUGCGAUGUUGUUCCACCAAUUGUCUACUUCUUUUUGAAUAAGUAGAUAAGUGCUGAUGUUUUAAGAUUGAUUUGUAACUACACAUUUCAACAGUCAUUUAUGUUGUAAAAUGUUCUCAAACAGAAAUACUACACAAUUGCCAUGCACUUAAAUCAUAAACCUAGUGGAAAACAUCUGGUUUGAAUUACCUUACUGGGUUCAAGCAAUGGUCUUGCGAGGAGCUACUUAACUCAGUGUUAGCUUGUGUGACGAAAAAGAUAAUUUUAAACCGUUUACUCCUUCCAUAAUAUGUAAAUGUUGGAUUUGUAUCCUUUUUUUUGUUUUCCUAAGGACCAAGAUUUUUUUUCAGAAUUUUGCUCCGUCUGUGGGGGCAAUUCUGAUUGGCAUGUUUGUAACAUGGAACAAUUUCUGGAAUUUCGUAGCACAUUACACAGUCGUAAAUUUUUGUACUCCGAGGACGCAUUGGUAAUGUAGUGAUGAGUAGAAAGUUCGAGGAAUUUAUAAACAUUCGCACAUUAUGAGAACAUGCAGCGCAUGGUUAAUGGCAAACUGAAGCACGUUAUGUAUUCAUAAUUAUAGUCUUCCUUUGUAGUGAAAGUAGUCUUUUUGUAUCUUGUUCGAAAAUCGAAUUUUUAAAAAAAUCUAGACUUAAUUUCUGGUGAAAUAGGGAUGGACAGACGGACGUUUGACUUGACCAAUUGAUGACCAUGCAGACGACCUGACUACCAAACCAGCCACGACUAUUUUUCGGUAAAUCUGAAUUAUUUUUAAUCUCUGAUGAUUAUUGUUUAAUUCUCCGACGAUUGACAAAGAAUUUAGACAUGCUUUGCUCAACCAUACCUUAUAGACAACGUUUGCUUCUGUGAUACAUGAAUGAAAGGAUUUUCUUUGACGAAACAAGGACAGACGCACAAACGAACAGACCAACUAACGGACUCUGCAAAAGACUGGUACAAAAAUAGGAAAUUUACGGAACAAUGAUACAUCUUGACGAUAGUCACAAAAACAGACAAAAACAAGUACGGACGGACAGCCCUGUACGGACAGCCCUACACAUACAAAUAAUAUACAGACAUGACGAAAAGAUUAAAUUAUCAUACGUCUAUAUCCACUCGUAUUUGACUGUUCAAUUGGGGCAUAGUUUUAUAUCAAACAAAACUGAAAAUGUAACUUGAAGCCUAAGGUUGAAGUUGUGAAAAGAUGUUUUGUGCUAGUCAUUCAAGGCUCGUGUGCACGAUGAUGAUAGCGAUGCAUUGUUCAGAGACGGGACUUCUAUUUUAAGUCGGAGCUUUUGUUUUCUCGACGAACGCUUUAUAAAGUCAAUUGAUAAAGGAGUACUGAUGAAAGUGUAUUAUUCACAAGACGUGAGUCAUAAAUCUGAUGUAUCAUGUUUCAUUUUAUUCACAGCCUGAGGGCACAAUGUGCACACAUUACACACUGAGUGGCAAAAGUGCAGGGAACUGGACGUGUAUAGCACAUCACGACUUAAAAAUGUAAUACUGACUUUUUGUACCGAAAUUCUACUGAGAAUUAUUCAUCACGACUCGCCCUGUAGCCUCGCUUACGGGCGUCAUAAUUUUGUCGCAAAUUGCCAGGCGUGCAAUUAUUGCUCACAGAAUUGCAAAAACAGAUUUGCGGCUGGAGAGCAAGGCCAAUGCAUAAUGACAUACCUUGCAGUAUUGAUGUACUUAUAAGGUAAUCAUUGUUACUUGAUGUAAUUUAAUGUGUAAUUUAAUAAAUAUUUAUAAAAACGGCAAAGCAGUAUUAUAAUAAUUUUCAUAAGCAACCAAAGAUGCAGAAUGAUGAAGUUACGGUGAUGAAUGUUAUAACUGUUUUUCUCUUGAAAUCUUUCUUAAGACCUGAAAGUUUUGUUUUGUUGUGGACUUAAGAUCAAUUCGAUGUUCAAUGUAAUCUCGAGUAAAAAGUCUCGCUUGGAAAAAAAAUACCAAGAAAACUAGUCGAUAGACUGACUGCUAACGAUAUUUUCCCCAAAACAACGAGUAAUAUUUGAACAAAAGAUAAAGGUUCACUGUCUUUGGAAUAAUUAUGGAAAGUAACGACAAGGUUGCUUUUGCACUUAAAAUUCUUGCAAUUUGCCCAAUUUUAGAAGAGAAUUUUAGCGAUUUGGUGCACUAAGAAAAAUUGUAUUGAAACUUGAGAAAGUCUUAAGAAAUCCACGGUGAUCGUCAAACAAAACUAAUAAAUAAUUUCUAAAGUACUUGAAGUAAUUUGAGACGCUUCUAUCCCUUUUUUGUUGUCUUUGACUGAAUGUGAGAAUUAAGUUCAUUUGUUGUUUUGUUGACGAUUAUACUUGUCAUCUAAGUAAUUUUUUUUGUUCGUGCAAUUAUCACUUCAACGUAGUACUGUAUUCCCUGUCAGAAAUUGUUUGUUUUUCUUUUUGAAGGGGGGGGGGGGGAAUUAUGCAGGACUGUUUCCUCAAAAAAAAAAAUCCUACAAGACACGCGUUGCAAAGCAAUGCUAUAUUUAGUCCAAGCUACACACACUAUAGAGCAAGGCAGAAAAUGAAAUCUUGGAAGUAUAAAGGUUCGGUGCAAUGCACUUUCCGGAUUGAGAUGGGGGAAAAAACUGUCAUGGUUAUUUUAUUGCGUUUGCAGGUGUUGUCAGAUGUUACUUUAACUUAAGUCCUUUGUUUUGAUGUGUGUAAUUUGUGUAAGAUGAUUAAGCUACGAUUUCACUGACAUGUUUAAUACAAAUAAUUUAUGACAUAACUAAUUCAUUUGAUUUUAUGCACCAUCUCUACCUCUGUGUAUUUUGUUCGAAUUUCUUCGUUUAUUAGGUUAAUAAAGUAACAUAUUUUGGUUGUUUUCAAAUCACAUGUGAGGUCCGUUACUUACAGACAUCGGACGUGAUUAUUGAAAUGAUUUCCUUAAGAGUGAUAGUCCUUCAGUUUUGGCUUUAUUUCUUAAGUAAUAUUUUGAACAUUUACUCCUUAGAAUUCUUUCUAAACUCCUUAAUCAUGAUGGAUGCAAAGUGAACGCUUCACUUAAUAAUUGUUACGUCAUUCAAUCCGAUAAUUAAGUCUCCCAAUGUUUAAACACUAUGAAUAAGUUGCUUGCUUACUGGGGCGUGCAUUAAGCUGACAACAAAAAACUGAAAUAAAUUACCUCUGCGUGUGAAAUUCAUAAAUUUAAUAAUGCCGAUAGGAGACUUCCCAACCUCGCGAGAAUUUUUCAUGGUUUUUUUUAUGAAACGAACGUACGGCUAACAUUAAUUUUACCAACAUUUAAAGAGGGAUUUGUUUCGAAUAACUUUGUGGUGAAUGAUCUGAUGAUUAUUCUUCCGAAAUUUUCGGUGAAAAUGUAUCACAUUAUCAGUGAUAAAAUUGAACGUAAUCUAUAACAAGAACUACUGCUAGCUGGAACAAUUACUGAAGUUUCAUUGGGUUGCUUCAUGUUGAGGUUUAAUUUUGGACGGAUUUAUUAACAACAAAAAAGGGAAUAAUAUGACCGAUUUUCAAUCUCAGUUCCUGUUUGGUCGCCUUAGGCUUUUCAUGGUGGACGGCUCCAACCCAAUCUCUCUCUAUUUUGUGAAAUUAAUCUUGUGUCAUGAUUGUGUUGGCGAAUGUUGACGAAGAGAUAUCAAGCCGAAGUAAAUUAUAUUCUUGGUUUAUUUUCACUGCCUCUUCCUAUCCAAAUAUGUAAGACUAAAAAAGCAAACCGCUUUUUUCUCUUCAGUUUUUGAAAUCGAAGACGAGACAUCGCCCGCAGCGCGGGAAUGUGUGCGGUAUGCUGAAAAUAAAAAAGAAA